AAAUAUAGUUAAUCAAAAUGGCCAAUGUUGUUCUUCGUGUUGCUAACGAAGCCGACUUACCAGCCGUUUUAGAAAUAUCAGAAGGUAUAUAUGAAGGUCUCGACUAUUUCCCUUAUGAGUUUCUGAACCUUUUGGAUGACCCAAACCGAACAAUUUUGAUCGCAGAGAUGGAUGGCAAAGCCGUCGGCUUACAAGUCAUGCAUGUUAUUGAUGAAGGCGAAGCAGUCCUGGCUCAUUCCUUGCGGGUGCAUUAUAAAUAUCGUUGUCAGGGAAUAGGGAGACGAUUGAUCCAAGAAAGUCGCAAUUAUGUGAAAGCCAAUUUUCCACAAGUUAAGUUUGAGCGAUAUCUGACUGGAAACGAUGCACGUCUGGCUAUACAGAAGAAAUCAGACGACGUUCCAAUUCACGAGGUUGUAUAUUUUCUGUGCCUUGUAAACAAUCAUCUAUCCGAGCUGUCUCGUCUGAAAAGCUAUUUAACAGACCAGACUAUAGAUUUAAAACUACUGAACAAAGCGGAGCUGGAGCGCAUAUUAAAUCAGGACAAGCUUCGCAAAAUUUUGUUCAAAGAAAAAUAUAUUGGUGUGAGACAACCAUACAAGCCACUCGCGUCGAACAUCUCAAAUGGCUUAUUCAAGGAUGGUGAUGAUGCAAUGUUUGUUUCUUAUUCUGGUGAAUCCGUCGAAUCAUUCAGUCAUUCUCGGUGGAUUCAAACCAAUUCACGUCCUCAAUUGAAGUCCGUCUGUUAUACGCUGAACAAAGAGUUGCUUAAAAUACAUCUUCUCAAGCAGUUAGAACAAGCAAUUCAACAGCACCCCGGAGAAACUUUUAUUUUUCUUCCCAUGAUCGAUACAUCGCUGGCAAAAUGCACAACUGAUUUCUUGUUCAAAGAAAUGUAUUUGAAAACUUUAGGGGAUGAAUUCAAAGCAUAUUAUAAUCUUUACUAUUUUGAAAAGUCUCUUGUAUAAUAUAAAUAACCUUGUCUCCCCAAGUGGGUCAUUUCAAAAUUCAAACGUACUUAAUCAUAAAUUUGGUUGGGAGCAAAAGCAGGUAAAUCUCUAUUAUGGUAGGAUUUUCGAAGGAUAACACUAGAUAAUUAAUACAGGUAUGGUAAAUACCACCAAUAUAGUUUAGGUAAUUAUCAGGGAAAUCUCAAGGAAAUUACAUUUGACUGCGGAUAGAUAUUUAUUAGGGUAUUUUUAAUGUAAAUCAAAGGAGUUCGUAUGGUGCAUUGUGGAAGCGUCGGUAAGUUUAGCAGCAGAAGUUUAGGGUUUAGCUUUCCUACAGAUGAU